GGCAAACUCUAGAACUGGUAUCAACUUCUCUGGGUCUCCUCAUCAGAGUCAAGCUUGUGAAACAAAUGCUGCUGCUUAAUAUUGGUCUGGAAUGCCAGUAAGCCAAUGACUGCAAACGUUGCAUUUGUAUGUGGAGGCACGGAACAUGAGUUAUGCUUAUACUGUACAGUACAUGGAAUAGCUCCUGUUUGUCGUGUACUUGGUUACAUUUUCAGACCUCACUGGAGGAACCGGUGCGACUGAACCGUACAACCAGCAUGGGAAGGAAGGGAUGUCUCCGUGUAACCCUGCAGCGUAGCGAGUCGGAGGACAACAUCGUUUCAGCUCAGAGCUUAAACCAAAAACUGGGCAGUUUAUCGGAGGUGUUCCUACAGGAACACAGGAAGUUCAGGCCUCUUCGAGCUACGUCCAGGAAGAAAGAGUAUCUCUCCUCAACCUCGCAAGACAGCGAGUCAGACCAUAAUGCUCGACUGGCUCGCCGCUCUCCCAGGAUGGGACAAGGUUUCACGAGGCACACCGAGACCCACGGGCAUGGAGCGAAACGCUCAAGGAAGCUCGAGAGUGGAUCUGAAGCUAGGGCUUCCUCACUGGAGAGACUCACCUCUCGGCUGAAAUUACGGGACAGGGUGAACCGACUUGCCACCACGGCAUUCGACGGAAAAAUCCAAACCGAGGAGGCUGACGUUUCCUGGCAGCGUCCGUGGGAGCGGUACAAGCAGAAGCACCAGCAGGGCCAACAGGAGCAUCAGCGGCGCAAGCAGGAAGAGCGUGUCUCGCGGCAUCUUUCCCGGGACACACCAUGGAUGUCCGUUGCCUCUCUGCCCUGUGAUCAGCACCUGGCUUCCAGGCGUAUAGGCCAUGGUCAGGCGAAGGACCUCGUCUUGGGCCGGAGACACAGGGAUCAUUACUAGGGCUAGUGAUACCAGAAAACGAGUCUAGGCGAAGGUUCAAAGCCGAGUUAUUGGCGAUUGUGAGGUGGCGAGACCGACCGUUGUGUCGGAGAGUUCUCAGUUCAUCUCAGUGGCGGGAAAAGUGUUAAUAUGUUAUUGGUGAUUCAAAUUGGUGAUAAAGUUUGUUUGCAUCAUCAAAAUUGCUUGAUCUCAUCAGAUAUCUGAAGCUUUGCACAGUGGAACCUGGAUAUUGUUUGGAAGGGUGACUUCCAUAUGUACAACAGGUUAUUAAUGGCUGCUGCGGAGCUAUGUGGUGGGCAAUGCUAGAAAAUAUAUUGUAAUACUGUAUGUCUAUGUUCCCAUAUCUAUCCUUCCCACCUUCACCAACCCGUACUGACCAGCGUGAAGUAUGCUUAAAUAACCCCCAUUACCUACACGGCAUGGGGUGGCCCUCAUGCAACACGUGAUUAAUGCGGUCAAGUGAAAACCAUCAGGCACGUGUCACCGAUGACUGCCCGCGCAUUCUGGUGGGAGAAGUGGUCUCCACUCAAAUGCCACAGGGAAUAUUUUUUUUUACAUAAAACCUAGAAUGGUGCGUAAGUGGAAAAUAAUGCCACGUUAGUGAUUGGUUUCCAACAAAUGUCGGCCGGUGUAUUGUAUCAUCACCUCGUAUUGACACAACACCUUCCCAUGCGGUACCGUAGACCACGUGGUGCCCUGUGACAGGGGACGCCCAGUGGCAGCUGUCCCUGUGAGGUGAAAGCAGCACUGGUCAGCGAGUGUGCAUUUUGCCUACGAGUGUGGAGCGAUGUUGUCGCGUGGCUUCCCAAUUAACCACAACAAAUUUUGGAGUGUAUUAUGAAAUCAGUCAACAUUGGUCCUUGACGCCGGCACACAUCGCCUAAUCUUUGUCGAAUAACCUCCAGAGGACGUUGCACUGAAGCACACAGCAACGUCGUGAUUGGUCAAUAAACCGGCAGUAUAUGCUUAGCUCUUUCGGGAAAGUCACGUUGAAG